GAAUGUGGAACACAUUAGCAAGGCAAAGGCCGUGAAACUUCACGAGCAGAAAAUGUCUUGUGACGACGAUGAACUCGACAACAAUCCUUUUUUCCUAGCACUACAGACCACAUACCUGGAUCUGUAUGAACGAGCCCAGGAAAAAUGUCAUCUGAUCUGUGUACCUCUCUCCUCAUCUCUGGAGGGAUUAACCAUCAACCAGAAGUUUGUGGAAACCCACAUCCUGAGGACAUCUCCAUAUUUCAGAGGGCAAUACCUGACAAUCAACUCCCACAGCAGGACGGUGCUGCUGGAGGAAGGAAGCGGAGUCCUGCAGACAGGGGAAGGCUUCUCUGCAACAAUUACUGUGAAGAUAUUGAAUGAAGAAUUAGCAUACAACAAGGAGUACAAGCAUUACAAAAUCCUGGUAAUUGAGAGACCUCUGGACCCAAUUUACCAUACGAAGAAUUCUUCAAAGGGGCAGAGUAAUGGAGAAUUGUACACACCAAGGGUGUCUCUCGUAGAGUGCAAAGCCUUUCUGAAAUCAUUUGAUGAAUAUACUGUGGUGUUAAGAUCGCUAGACGAUAGCAUCUCCCGUUUCAACAAGAACUAUAUGGUGUUGAAGAACUACUUGCAGGAUGCUGCCUCAAGGCUGGAAAACAUGGCUGCUGAUGCCAUUGAGAACUGCACAAAAUGUACCAAACAUAAAUUAUACUCCGAUCCCAAGUUUAGAGAAGCUCUGUCCGGUUCAAUAGAAAGUUAUGUGCUGGGCAGCGUCCACCAGAAGGUGUUCCCGGUCAUCUGUGAGGAGUUUGCUGCUGAUGACCAACUGUUGUCUCGGCAGUGUCAGAAACUGAGUGGAAUCACGCCAGAACACCUUGGUGUCCGAGUGGAGUUCUCAUGCCCCCUUCCGUCUGCUGUGGUUGAACUGGCUAACCUGGAUGGACUGACCACCCCCAGAGCUAAACAGCUGUGUCUCAAGUCAGCAGUGGACAAUGUGACAGAAGGGUUGAAUGCAUUUGUGAGAGAAAACCAGCAGCCGAACCUACAAGGACAGUCUUCAAGUGGGGAUGCCUGUUUGACCUCAGAUGACCUCAUCCCCAUUCUGGUGACGGUUAUAGCCCAGGCCAAGUGUAGUCACCUCCAGAGUGACAUUUACUACAUGGAGAACUUCACCUGGUUCUCUACCACCAAGGACAUGGACAAUGUCAGCUACUGCUUGGUGACUUUCAAGGCGGCAGUGGAGUAUAUGAAGACGACUGAUUUCAGUGACUUAAAGUCUCAACACAUGGGGCCCCGGAAUGAGAUCAGCAUUGACGACCUGAUGGCGGCUACGAACUCCCUGAGUGUAGACAAUGGUCACAGCAGAGAGAAGUCACGGACCUCAAACAAUAGGUCUCCGCAGUCAGCGUCACGCAUGGACCGACAGCUGGAGCGCAUCUCCAAGAUACUCCAGGACUCUGCCGGGGAACUCAAGACAGAGAAGAGGAAAACAGGGCCGAGGAGUAUAUUUGGAGCUCGGCCUGAGGUCUACCAAACCCCUGAUGUUGUUCCCCAACAGGACCCCAGUAGGAAACGCCAGGAACUUGGGGAGUUUUUAUCUGCUCUCCAAGAUGACGACUUUGACCAGCCAUUCGGGAAACAGACUUGAUGUUGUCUCCCCGGGAACACUCUGCCCAACAUGUCUUUCAAGCCAACCUUCAAUAGCUUCCUUCCUCUCAGUCUUCCGUGCCAGAGAGAUGCAGCAGUGUCAUGUGACAGCCUUAGUUGAGAGAUAAUGAGUGAUUGUACUUCCUUGUAUCUUUGUUGCACAUUUCGUGAUUUUAGGUAGAAUUGAAAGCGGGGACCUGUGCUGAUCAUAAGAGACGAUGGAAAGGAUUUGGUGGUCAGUGACACGUGACCCUGUAUCCAACCCUGAGGAUAUGGGAUGUUAUUCAUGAUAUCAGUCACUGGAUUGUCUGGUCCUGACUUGAUUAUUUACAGGCCGUGGCUGUCAUUGUCAUAGACAUUCACGCGUUGACUGCCUAUCAUGAGUAUACUCAUAGUAACAAUUCUGGCAGAAUUUGCCACUACAAAUUAUCUCGUACGUAUAUCAGUAGUAUUAUAUAGCAAGUUUCACAUGUUGGCAAAACGGGCACAAAAAACAAUCAUCUCCUGGACUCUUUUGUUACCGCCAUGAGAUGUUUGCUUCUUGUGCCUACGAGUAUACUUGUGGUGGCAGUCAACGUGUUAAGCAGUUAUAUUUGGUCAGUACCAGAAAGGUUAGGGUUCAUAGGAACAGGUUUGGAAUGGUGUAAUUCUUAGUAGACACAAUAUAUGCAAUAUAUGUCAGUUAGUCGACAUGUGAUAAUGACAAGACUACCAUGGUAACUGUUUUCAUUUUAUUCCUUGGACAAAAUGGAUUUUACCAAAUUCUCGAACAGAUUCCAUCACAGACUUUACUUGUCGUUAGUAAAUAUUAGGGAAAGUUGCGGGUGGGCAAGUCAAGAACACACACACCUUGAUAUGAACAAAAGCAAUACAAUUUCAGGUGUCACUCAUUCAUCCAUCAUGCUGUCGAUCACUGGAUUGUCCGUGACAGACUGUUGCUAUUUUACUGGAAUAUUGCUUAGUGCUGCUUUUAGACAACAAACAAAGCCGUUCAACCACUCACUCACUCAGCCGUGUUUCUGUCUCUGGGUUAUAUGUCAACAUUGAUAGUGCUGCUGCUUUGUUGUGAAUUAUGGAGGCAAUCCAGGAGGAUGUUCUCAUUUCCAGAUACCUAAAAUACUCAUACAUAAUUUGACUGUAUUGACAGGCAUUUGAAUACACCAAUGAUAUUGUGGACAGUAUGCAUCAGUACUUUCAGUUGUCCCAGAUACAUUAUAGCCUUAACAAGGGGUAAGAAAACUCAGUUCAUUAGCAUGAUGGCAACUAUAGAUGAGAGUUAUUUCCCUUUGGUUUGAGUUGCAGAAUUGAAGAUUCAUCCAGAUUUAUGUAGAUCUGCUAAGAGUUUGAUUUCAUACAGUAUCUGACAGAUAGAAGGAAAAUGGCCAAUUCCGAUAUUGUUGACAAUCCUUUAUUCAUUUCUAUUACAUCUAUAUAUCUAUUAAGUUGGCUUGAUAAUUCGAAAACUAUUGCAAUAUGUUUUGAUUUGUAAAGUAGAAUACUGGCAACAUCAGUUUUGAUGUUUUUAGUUCAAAUUUGAUAGAUUCUAUUAGGAUUUCUGCACACUUGGGGAUGAAAUUGGCCCCCAGCAGAUCUAAAUAAAACUGGAAGAAUCUUCAAUUCUGCAAACUCAAACCAGAGGGAAAUAACUCUAAUCUAUUGUCAUCGCUGCUAAUCAACUGAGGUACAUGAGGUUAAGGUUACUUCUUAAUGCAUUUUCCUAUAUUCUGUUGUAUAUUAGAGGCUGUAAGUUUCACUUACCAUUUUGAGCUUUUGACCUCAUAAGAAAAUAAAGAAACCAGCAAGCAAAAUAUUGUUCUAAUUGUCUUCUGCCGGUCCUAGCCUUUUGACAGGUCUUCCAUCUACUAGGUAUUGAGGAAUAUGUCAUUUUCAGAAUACAUCAUCUCAAAUUUUGGUAAUUAUGUUAUUUUAGAAUUUUAUAUUUACCAUAUGUGAACUGUGUAUGUGAUAUUACUAUAUAAUUGUUUUCUAUUAUAUGUAUUUGUUUACAUAUGUUGAAUUUGUUGUGCAUAAUCUUUUCUUGUCAUGUUUAUGUCAUGUCUGUUGAUGUAGACCGU